AAUAACUUCCAGUGACGUAUAGUUAACAUCAAGCAUAAUCAGAAGAUACAUUUACGCUCUCCACGGAUUGAUCAGGAAUUGAAGAUGGUUCUUUUCUUCUCAAUCUUCAUACUGAUUGUAAAGACUGUAUUUGCUUUGCUUCAAGAUAAAUGUAUUUUCUACAAGGAUGUGGAAGAAUUUCCUGCAGAAAUAUGUGAUGGAAAAACAAACACUGCCAUUUGCUUCCAAGUCACCAACAUUAAGGAAGAUCUCCGUGGGCUUCCAUCUGAUUUACAGAACCUUUGCAUCCAAAUGGAGAGAGCCACAGUCUCUAGUUAUACUGCUUUGGAUCCUGGUUCCUUUUCCAACUUUGUUUCUCUGGAAUACCUUGAAAUUAAUGGAUGUUUUUCAGAGAUCUCUCCGGAAGCCUUUACUGGUUUGGUAAAUGUAACUUCUCUAAAUUUGUCUUUCUGGCCAGAUGACUGUUGUGAGGUAGCUAUCGAUUUCAGUGUCUUUCCUUCACUGACAAGAUUAAUUCUUUCCCAAUACAGUUUGUCAUUAAUGGCAAAUAAUGUCUUUGAUACAAUUCCUCAGUUAAAAGACCUACGAAUCGCAAAGUGUUUGAAAGAUCUGUCUGAGGUUCUGUGUCGACUGGCAAAUGUGAAACCACUGGAGAGGUUUAUACUUCAUCAGGAGCUUUAUAGUCUUAAUUUCCCAAACUGUUCUUUGAUCAACCCCUCUCACGAAUACAUAUCCACUGUAUACAAUAUCGAAAUGGUAUUUUUGAUUCUAGAAUCAGUACAGCAUAUAGAUCAGGGAGCUUUGGAAGUGCUGGGAAAUUUGUUUUACUUGGAAUUUGGUUUAAAAGAAGAUUUACUCCGAGAACUUUCCUUGAUUGGCGUAAAUAAAAUCCAUACUUUGAAAUUCGGGGUGGAUGUACUUAAUAUUGAUGAGUUGUGUAGUGCAGCAAAGUUGUAUUCUAUUGAAUCUAUAUCUGUUUAUUACUGGACUAUUAACUUUCCACCUACAACUACCACUAUCUCUGAAGGCAUUCAGUAUCAGUAUCUCUCUAUCUGUGAAGAGAUUAAAGAAAUAGUUCUUGUAUAUGAGUCAGAAGUAGCUGGGAUUGUAACCCUUUUAGAUGUACAUUUGAUCUUCCAGAUUUUCAGCAACCUUUCGUUAAUUGAUGUAUCUAGUCAUGUGCUCAGACCAACUGAUUUCCAAUCUCUUUGCUUGUCCUUUCCACAGUCAGUCAAACAGCUGUCCUUUAUGUAUCUAAACUCAAAUAACAUGGGAAAGGUAAUCUCCCACCAAUUUAUGUGUUUCACAAAUCUUGAAAUUCUGGAAUUAGUUGCAAGUAAUAUUUCCAUCAUACAAAAUUGUUCUUUUAUUGGAUUAAUCAAAUUAACACAUUUGAACCUCAGUAAAAACAAAAUAUCUUACAUUUAUCAAAACACAUUCAGUGGUCUCUAUGGACUGACGGCCCUAGAUCUUCAAGAAAAUCCAAUAAGUCAAAUUGAAACAAAUUCUUUUGGACAUUUUAUUAACUUAUGUACACUUCUGUUGGGAGAUCUCAACUUCCCACCUCACAUGUCACUGAUCAAGCUGAAUUUAUCUGAUAUAUUUGGAAGAAUCCCGUAUAAUCUGAGUCACAUGAUCAUUAGUUCAGGUCUGAGACCGAUGCAGCUCGUGAUUGGCAGCAAUACUACACUGAAUAAGAGCUUAGACUUCACCAUCAAAGGUCAAUAUGUGACCAUUGAGGACUGCAACAGACCGUUCUUGACAUCUAUAGUCACACUUCAGAUAAAUGCAGCAUAUGUAACCUGUGGAAAAGAAUUCAUUGGGAAAUACGCUAGAUCAGUUGUCAAUCUGGAAGUAAAAUCAACGUCCUCAGACGAUAUUGGAGAUUUGGUAGUAAUCAAUGAGCUUGUUCAUUUAAAAACCAUAAGACUGGAAAACAUUGAUUUGUCAAAACAGACAAACUUGGGAAUAAUGUUUCACAAUCUGACAAAACUACGAACACUGUUCCUGAUUAACUGCAGAAUAUUAUUUCUGGAUGGAAGUCUGGUGAAGGACUUAAGUGCACUGACAGGUCUAGCGUUGAUGCAACAAGAUCAUGUUAACAUUCUAGAAAACUUUGUGGAACAUCUCACCAGUUUAAGGUUCCUCCAUCUCCAGGGGUUGAAUCUGUACUGCAGUUGUGAUAAUGCAUGGCUGGUCUCAUGGGUGAAGGACAACAGGCAGGUGCAGGUUUAUAUGUACAGGCCCACCAUGAAAGAACUACAGUGCUUGGCUGAUAAUGGAAUGGACCAUCUCAACUUCAUUCUUUACACCAAGGAGAAUUGCUCAUUUUCUAUUGAAUUUGUGCUGUUUGUCUCCACCUCAGCUUUUUUAUUUUUCUUUAUGAUUGGAGUACUGUCAUAUCAAUGUGCAGGCCAAUACAUAAAGCCAUUCUAUAACAUUGCCAGUGGAUGGUUCCGAGAGGCUUUGCAUCUAAAUGGCAAACAGCGGUACCGCUAUGAUGUUUUUGUGUCCUACAGCUGUAAGGAUGAGCAUUGGGUCAUAAAUGAACUUCUGCCAAACUUGGAGCAGCGUGGCCCUCCAUUCCUGAGAAUUUGUCUCCACAGUCGGGACUUCCGGUUGGGGCAAGACAUUGUGGAAAACAUCACCGACUGCAUUUAUGCAAGUCGCCGAACUCUUUGCCUUGUCAGCCACAAUUACCUCCGUAGUAACUGGUGUUCUCUGGAGAUGCAGCUGGCUACUUACCGGCUACAGGUAGAACACAGGGAUAUUCUUAACCUGGUGUUCCUUGAAAAGAUUCCAUCUCGGUUGCUAUCCUCCCAUCAUAGAUUGGCACGGCUGGUUAAAAGUAGGACCUACCUCGACUGGCCACUGGACCCUGAGAUGCAUGAGGCAUUCUGGCAUAGAUUAUGGUGUAAACUGAACUCUUAUAAAGAUUAGUAGUAUGUGUUAUUGUACAUUGCAUAGUUGCUUAAAGCUUUAGAACACCUUGAC